AUGUGGUCCAAUGACACUGCAGCCCCUUUCCUGCUGACUGGCUUCCUGGGCUCAGAGGGCACUCACCACUGGAUCGCCAUUCCCUUCUUUGCCAUCUAUCUGUCCAUUCUAUCUGGAAAUGGAACACUUCUCAUCCUCAUAUUGAAGGACCGCAUCCUUCAUGACCCCAUGUACUACUUCCUGGCUAUGCUGGCAGGGACAGACCUUGGGGUAACACUAACUACAAUGCCCACAGUCCUGGGUGUCCUGUUGCUGGACCAGAGGGAGAUCACCCAGGGAGCCUGCUUCACUCAGUCCUAUUUCAUUCACACACUGGCCAUUGUGGAAUCUGGUAUCUUGCUUGCCAUGGCCUAUGACCGAUUUAUUGCCAUUCGCUCCCCUCUCAGGUACAACUCCAUUCUCACCAAUUCCCAAGUGAUGAAGGUAGGACUAGGGGUACUGUUGAGGGGCUUUUUGUCCAUUGUGCCCCCAAUCCUGCCACUCUAUUGGUUCCCAUACUGUCGGUCCCACGUUCUUUCCCACGCCUUUUGCCUCCACCAAGAUGUCAUGAAACUUGCCUGUGCUGAUAUUACAUUUAAUCGCUUAUACCCAGUUAUUCUGGUUGCUUUGACUUUCUUCCUUGAUGCUCUGAUCAUUGUCUUUUCUUAUAUCUUAAUCCUUAAGACAGUUAUGGGCAUUGCCUCUGGAGAGGAGCAAGCUAAAGCUCUCAACACUUGUGUUUCCCAUAUUAGCUGUGUCCUGGUGUUUUACAUCACUGUGCUUGGCCUAACUUUCAUGCAUAGGUUUGGGAAACACACCCCACAUGUGGUUCAUAUUACAAUGAGCUAUGUUUAUUUUCUAUUUCCUCCAUUCAUGAACCCCAUUAUAUACAGUAUCAAGACCAAGCAGAUUCGAAAAAGCCUCAUUCUCCUAUUUUCUGGGAACAGUAGUAUUUGA